UUUCUAUACAUUCACGACUCCGUUUCGCCGGGCGGGAUUUCCGCAAUAAUAUCAAGUAUGGCGAAGACGUACGAUUAUUUGUUUAAAUUACUGUUAAUCGGUGACUCCGGUGUCGGGAAGACCUGUGUGCUGUUCAGGUUUUCGGAAGACGCCUUCAACUCGACGUUUAUCUCAACCAUAGGCAUUGAUUUCAAGAUUAGGACAAUAGAGCUUGACGGCAAGAAGAUAAAGUUACAGAUAUGGGAUACGGCAGGCCAGGAGCGCUUCCGAACAAUCACAACAGCCUACUACAGAGGCGCAAUGGGCAUCAUGCUUGUGUACGACAUCACCAACGAGAAGUCUUUUGAUAAUAUCAAGAACUGGAUAAGGAACAUAGAGGAGCAUGCAUCAUCUGAUGUUGAGAAGAUGGUCCUUGGCAACAAGUGUGACAUCAACGACAAGCGGCAGGUGUCCAAAGACAGGGGGGAGAAGCUUGCAUUAGAGUAUGGAAUCAAGUUCAUGGAGACCAGUGCAAAGGCCAACAUCAAUGUGGAAAACGCAUUUUUGACACUUGCCAGAGACAUCAAAUCGAAAAUGGACACAAAAUUGGAGGGCAACACGCCGCAGGGGAGCAGUCACGGAGUCAAGAUCUCAGAGCCUCAGAAAAAGACCAGCUUCUUCCGCUGUAGCCUACUCUGAGGGCCGAGGCCUUCGACACUGGCUGCCAGCUGGCUGGACAUAAAUGGACUGUGCUUGCCCUUAGCACUUCCUCUCCCUUCCCUCUUUCUACCCAGCCAUGACCUGUCCUCCCGGUCCACACAAACCAUUUUAGUCCCAGUAAGUGGAGGACUUCCUCUCCUCUCUUCCUCUUCUGAAAGCUUCCAGUGGUGCAUCUCUUCCAUUUUUAAGGAGAUCUGUUGUCUUCAUGCGUCAGGCCGCUUGACUGGUGGAGGACUUGACCUGGAGCAUUGUCCAGAUGUUCCAUAUCACACAAAAGACAGGCUCUUACUUCUCAUGUUAGUCUCUUUGUCCUGCGCACUUAUAUUCCAUACAGCCGGUAGCACAACCGAGAAUGAGAAAUCAUUUAAUUAUUAUCAACGUUUUGGGAUUAUAAAUACAAAUGUGAUAUUUAGAUAUAUUUUUAUUAGUACUCUCUCCCUUUUUAUGUGAUAAAUCUCAUCCAGAGACUGAUAGGCUUGGACCCCAGUGAAACAGUGCUGCACAUGCUUUCUUUUCUUUUCAGCUGUUAAGAAGCAUAUCAAACAUAAUGCGGUAAAGGAUCAGAGAAGAAUUGGCUUGGAAGGCUUUCUGUUUGAGUUUUGCGCCUUUGUUUGCAUGCAGUCCUCGACAGUCAGUUAGUGUGACUAAAAAGUGUGUGUCAUCGUGCUCUAAUCAUUACCCACUGCCUCUUUUCAGCCUCUGCGAAAGCUUUCAAGUGCUUGAGAGCAGUUUGGCAACACAGAACUUAAAAAUAAAAUCCAGGUUUCUGUCUCUAGUUUAAAUUAUGAUUUCAAAUUAUCAGCAAAACACUGCUGAGGUGACAUGUUUCUGCGUACACUCUAGACAACCUUGAGACAAAACAUUGGAAAUACAAAUUUGAAUACAUUUUUGUGUGCUCACACUGCAUUGCUGUCCAUUUCUAAGCGAACCAUUUAGGAACGUGCAAAAGUACUUGCUGCAUAAUUAAACUAAUCCUUCACAGUGAAGUAAGUGUAAUAAGAUUAUGGUUGAUUGUUUGGUCUGCAAAAUAGUGAAAAAUGCCAAACAAACAAACAAAAGAUCCCCACAAUCAGGAUAGUUUUUUGAUCUAUUUUCCUUCAGUCGACCAAUCAUUUGAGUUCUAAAUAAGAUAAUUUCAAAGUUCAAAUUCCUUUUAAUUUGAAUCGCAUGAAGGUUUUGUAGCAACUCUCACUCACUCUCAAGCUAAAUGACGUCUCUGGUUAUUUGAUCAGCAGUUAAAAUCACUCUUGAGGUUUCACACUGUAAUCUCCCUCCACCACUAUCCAAGCAGCUCUCCUUGCACUUUACCAGUAACUCGUGUUUUGUGUGUAGUCUGUGCCAAGUGAUAGUUUUGCAGUACAGCAAUACAAUUACUUAGUUAAAAAAAUGUUUUGAUCUAAAGAGUCUUGGUAAUAUGAUGGGCACAAUUCCUAAAUUUUACUGCACCUACUUAUAAAAGACUUGAUCUCCUUUGCUGUUUCUCUGUUAGUGAUCCACUGUCCUGGUAUUAACAUCGCCCUGACGUGCUUCAACAGUUACACAUAUUUAUAGAAGAAUUUGCGAGCCUCUGUUUCUGUGCUAACGCCCUGCCAAACUAUGGUUUAAAAGUGGUAUUUUCUUGGCUUACAUGGAAGCUGGCUCGACCUAAGCUUAAAUGUGGUCCCGUUAGUAUUAUUGUACAUUUUCUUGUGCAUUUGUGUUUCAUUGUGGCCCCUUAGUUUGACCACUAGAUGGCACCAUAGGCACAGUGUGCAUCAUAGGUGACCACCUAAACUCAGAUUUGAACCAGUAUUUUACUAAGACCACGAGCCACAGAGAACUAGGAUCGUGUGAUGCAAACAUGUACCAUCGACUCGUAUUUGACAUUGAUGUUGAGUCUCAGUCUGUUUCCAUUGUUCCUUGUGUUUCCUUCCUACAUUUGUUGCUAGUCUGAAAAUCCAGCUCCUAUAUGCACAAUAUUGAGUGGGAAUCUGUGUUUGCUUGCCUGCACCUUUUUAAUAACAAAUAAUUUGGGACCUCAUGACGACCAUGACCAUUUGUCUUAACCGCUAAUACUCAGUUCUGUCAUAGGUGAGCUAUGCAUUGUGAAUCUUGGACCUGUGCAUAUUUGUGUAAUGUAAUUUUCAGACAUACUUGUAGACCUGUACAGUUGAGUGUAUGGGAUUUUUGUGUGUGUGUGUGUGUGUUUUGUUUCGUUCACUGAGCCAAAAAGAGGACACGCUCUGUUUGUAGAAAACUGCGUUGCUGCAUCAGUGCGAGUGAAAUUUACCAUGAUGGACGGUCAUGAAGGAAGAGUCAGGACGUUGAGAUGUGGAGAUAGUGCUGUUGUCUCAUUUGAGUGAAUCUGUAGCUUUAAGUAAUAAACAGAAACAUAGGGAGCAAACUUUUGUGGGACUUGAGCUGUAUCAUUUUCAGCCUAAAUGAUAUUUGUUUAUGUUUUUAAAUCAUAUCCUUUUUCUUAAGACUCCUGUAACAUGUCAUAAUAUGCUUUACAUCCCUUUUUACAGCCAUAUUUUCAUUCCAUUGAUUGUGAAGUACACAGGGAGAAUAAUACAAUGCAUUUUGGAAAAAAAGGUGGAAAAAAAACAUUGUAAAUAUCACAUUGAAAAGAGAUCUACUUAAAUUGUACUGUACUUUCUAAACACAUAUGAAAAUGUAUCUACAAUUUGUAGAUAUGUGUACUUUUGAUUUAUUAAAAUAAGAUUAUAAAACGCA